UACUUGUCCCGCUAUAACCUGUGAUUAUAGUACAUGACUGCAUUCUGUCACUUCCCAGUGUGUGUGUAUAUAUCGUCCUCCGACACUAUUGUAUCUGCAGUUCCUUCGGUUGCUAACAUCUCUAGCCGAGACAUUUGACUUGGACAAUCUGCUCAUCUACCACUCCGGCACUCCCACGCCGGGCCGCGCGGAUCGCAUCGAGUUUGAGUGGAGUAGGCGGCGGGCAGCGAAUCAGCGAUGAAGGUGCAGUGCGACGUGUGCGCGGCCGAGGCGGCCUCCGUCUUCUGCUGUGCCGACGAGGCCGCGCUGUGCGACGCGUGCGACGACCGCGUCCACCGCGCCAACAAGCUCGCGGGGAAGCACCGCCGCUUCUCCCUCCUCCACCCCUGUUCGUCCUCUGCGCAGAAGCCGCCGCUCUGCGACAUCUGCCAGGAGCGGAGAGGCUUCUUGUUCUGCAAGGAGGACAGGGCGAUCCUGUGCCGGGAGUGCGACGCGCCGGUGCACAGCGCGAACGACAUGACGAGGCGGCACAGCCGGUUCCUGCUCACCGGCGUGCGCCUCUCGUCGGCGCCGGUGGACUCUGCUGACCCAUCAGAAGGGGAGGAGGAGGAGGAGCAGGAGAACAGCAGCAGGCCCGGCAACGGUGAGUCCUGCAGCGGCGGCGCCGGCGCGACCACGGCGACCGCUAGCGACGGGAGCAGCAUCUCCGAGUACCUGACCAAGACCCUGCCCGGGUGGCACGUCGAGGAUUUCCUCGUUGACGACGCGUACGCCAGCGACGUCGGCGCCUGCUCAUCAGACGGGCUUUAUCAGAGCCACAGCGGCCAAUGCGCCAUACCGGUCUCGCCGCCGGCGCCGGCCAUCUAUCGCGUCGCCAUUAAUCACGGGGCAGGCUGUUGCCAUGCUCACACCUGCAAGGCCGAGUUGCUGGACCAGUCUGUCAGGAUAAUAUCUCGUGGAGACCACCUAGAUACGAUACGAUACGAUCUGAUGCAAGCGAACAUCAUGUGCUAAACCAAUAAAACAAUGGAAAAGGCAAAAAUUCAUUAAUUUCAUGUGUGGAACCAUGGUCUCACUUGGCGUGUGGUCAUUUAACUUGCAUUUUUAGCAGGGACAACAAGAUGGACAGAUCAGCGGGGUGCUGCAAGAAGCUUACAUGCCGUGGACGGGGCGGGAGCUGGUGCCCGCUGACGUCGCAGACGAGCGGGCCAACUGGGAGCGGUGGGUGCCGCAGAUGCACGCGGAGUUCGCCGGCGACAGCAAGCGGCCCAGAGCGUCGCCUUCGCCUCCCUGUUCGUACUGGUGAAAAGCUCGCCGUUACCCGUUAUUAGUAGAGUUGAUUUACUGGGUACCGUAGGAACGAAGAGAAAUAUGAGCCAAAAAAAAUCAUGGAACGGACCGGUGUUUCUCUGUUGGAUUAUUAUUGGGUCCAUUUCGAUCGAGCUGCUUUAAGGUGACGUUUGGUUCAUAAAAUGUAACGUAAAUAACAAUAAUAACGAUUGACCCUCGAGUGACAGCGGUAAUAAGUUUAAAUAGGCCGAUACCAGUUUUUAAUA